AUGUUAAGUACAUUUAAUCACUAUAAAAUUAGACUGUCUUAUUUUUCAUUCAAAAGUGAUACUAUUACUGUUUUUAUUAGUAAGAUAAUUAGCUAUAUUUGGACAUACAGAUUUCUGGAUAGUCAUUUAUAUAUACAAUUUAAAAAAAGACAUAAUAAUUCUCAAUUAAUUCGCAGUUAUUUCUAUGUUUAUUUUUUGUAUCAGUCAAUUUGAUAGUAUUCACAUUAAAUCAUACUAAUAAACUAUUACAGAAUUAGGAGUUUUGUAUUUGUUUGAUGUCUAUUUACAGUAUAGAAAUUAUAAGAAAGGAGAAAAUUAUAAUUCAAAUGAGUUUUUUCGUCAAUUUAAUAUUAAUCAUUAAGAAAUUAAUAAACAUUAUAACACUGGAAAAUAACUAAAUGUGAACCAUCUAAAUAAAGAGAAGAAGACUAUAUCAAUGAAUUAAAGCUAUAUGAAUGAAGCUCAUUAUUAAAUAUAUUAAGCCUAAGAUUCAAUUCCUAGUCUAAAAGAUAUAUUUUAUCCAGAAUGGAAGAAAACCUACUUCUGUUAUUCAACUGAAGAAUUAUUAUAGGUUUAUGAUAAGGAAAAUUCUAAUUUAUUUUAUAUUCUUUAUAUAACAACAGAAAAAAAUAGUAAAGAAAUAUAUAGAGUAUAAAUAACAAGAAAUAAGGUUUAAGAUUAUAUUUUAAGAUUUACAAAAUUGGAUAGUCUCUUAUAUUUUAAAUUAAAAGGAUCAAAAAGAAGAUUUAGAUAGCAUUUAUCAUAAAUAUUUUCCCAUAAACUCAAAACUCCAUUAAAUUAAGCAUUGGCAAAGAUAACAUCAAUGUUGACUGAUGGCAAUGUAUUACCAUAUCAAAAGUUAAUACUCUCAUAAAUUUAUAUUUAAUAAAAGUGUUAAUUAUACAGCAUUUUAGAUUUUCUAGAUUAUGUUAAUUUAGAUUCUAUGACAUUUCAACCUUCUCGUGUAACAUUAAAUUAAAUAAUUUAAAAUGUAAGAGAUUUGAUUAGAGAAUAAUGCAAAGCUAAAUCAAUUGAAUUAAAUAUAUUUAUAGAAAAAUUGCAAUAUAAAGAUUAUAAAGGGUAAAUAUUUAUUUAAAAUAUUGUAGAAUCAUUGUUUUAUAAACUGAUUCAUUAAAAUUAGAAAGAAUUCUAUAUAAUUUAUUAAAUAAUGCAUAUAGACAUUCAAAUUAAAAUGGAACAAUACAUUUAUCAGUAGAAUUAAUUUAAGGAACAUUAAAUUUUAGUAUAAAGAAUACUGGUAUAGGAAUAUCUAAAGAUAUGAUGGGAGAUUAUAAUUUAUAAUUUCAUUAUCAUUAAAAUCCUUCUAAUUCAAUUAAAAGAUCAUGGAAUCACAAAUUAGGAACUACUUUAUAUGUUACCAAUAAAUUAGUUCAUUUAUUAAAUGGAAAUAAGGGUCAUUUAGAAAUAUUGAAAUAAAAUGAAUCUGAAUUUAAAUUUUCUAUUUUAUAAGAAUUGAAUAUAAAUAGAGGUGUAUCAGAGAUAGCAUUAGGAAGUUUAAGUUCUGAUCGAUCAGAAAUGAAUGUAUUAAUAAAUUAGUAAGAUCAUAUGGAUGAAAUAUAGGAAGAUAAUGAUUAAGUAGGAAAUGAACCUAAGAGUUAAUAAAUAAAAAUAGAAUAAUUGAAACAUGUUAGAAAUAUUAAAUAAUCAAUAGUAUAACCUUAAUCUUAGAGUAAACAUUCAUUAUUGUAAAAUAAAAGAUCUUCCUCUAUUUUUGAUGUGAAUUCUUUUCUAAGAUAAUUUAGUUUUAAAGAUGUUGGAAUAGAUUCUAAUUAAGAAUUAAUAAUAGAUAAAGAUUAAUUUAUAAUGAUUGUUGAUGAUGAACCAUUCAAUCAUGAUACUUUAAUUAUGAUGUUAAAAAGAAUUGGAUAUAUUAAUUUUAUUCAUGCUUAUGAUGGUAGAGAAUGUAUCAAUAAGACUUAGGAAAGUCAUUUAAAAAUUAAAUUGAUUUUAAUGGAUUUAGACAUGCCCAUUUUAAAUGGAUUUAAGUAAUAAAUAAAUAUCAAUUCAGAGCCACUUAAGUACUCAAGGAACUAAUGAACACUAACUAAAUAAAGAAAAUACCCAUUAUAGCAUGUACUGCUCAUGAUGAUUAUGAGACCGAAACAUAAUGUAAAGCUCUUGGAAUGUUAGAUAUCAUCAUUAAACCAGUCUUUAUAAAAUAACUCUAAACUGUAAUUAGAAAUAUUCCUAAGACUUUAUGA